AUCUACUCUAUUAUUUAUUAUAAACUUCUAGAACUCGUAUCUCUAAAUACUAAGCUAGUAAUAGAUAUAGAGCUUAGAAAUAAUUACUAUAAUUCUUUAAAAUUUAAAGAAAAUUUAAUAAACUAUAAGUUACUAGUAUAUAAUUUUUACUAA